UAGCUCUGAUUGAGUGCUGACUCCGACUAGCAGCUAUGAAUAAUAUUACGAAUUUGAUUAUUUUCUUCUUCGUCGCAAUAUCGGUGAAAUGUCAGCAAAAUGCCGGGAAAGUUCCGUGCAACAGUAUUUUCGGAUGCAUUUCUCAUAUUCAGUGUGCUGUGGAUGAAUACUGGGCUCCGGGCGUGUCUCUGGAUGGGUGUUGUCCCGGUUGCGUUAGAGGCCUCGGUCUCGGCGAUAUCGGUUGUGAUGGAGUAACUCCCUGUGCUCCUGGAUUACUGUGUGCAAAAGGAGCGAUUUGUAUGCUGAAUCCGACCAACUGCCUUGCCACCAAGCACGUGUCGAGCAAGGUUCUCUGGAAACCACAAUGUGACCAGUUAGGGAACUUUCGGCCAAAGCAGUGCCGAGGGGAUCGACUACUGGGGAGAUGCUUCUGCUAUUCAUCCACCGGUCAGCGGAUCUUCGGUUGGCAAUGGCACGGCAAGGCGGAUGAUAUGACCUGUGCCUGCAGUCGGCUUCGUUCGGACCUGGAAGCAGCCGGUAGGCAAGACGUCACCCUUCAUUGUACAUCCGAGGGGAAUUUCGAGUCAUUGCAAUGCGACGGAGGGGUGUGCUGGUGUGCUGAUCCGAAAACGGGUGAACCAUGGCCCCGGGUACCGGCAGUGUUGCCUUCGAUGUGGAAGAAGCUUCCUUGCUACAACCGAACCAUGCACGGCGACAGAUACCUGCGGCAGUGUGAAAGUGCAUCCUUCGCUCAGCGCCGACUUGAGUGGAAAUUUGCCACCCACGGUCAGGUGAACGUGCGCCAUACGGACGUGGUGUGCGAUUACGAUGGCUCCUAUGGGAGAUACGAAGUCGAAAGUGGCAUAGCAUAUUGCACCUGGCGCGAUGGCACCCGGAUCGAGCAAUACCAAACGAGUAGUCUUAAGGCGCACUUGAUGACCUGCAAUUGUGCACGUGAUCGGAGGAUAUUCAGCGAGGCCGGUAUGACGGUAGAACUGCUAUGCGAAGGCAAUGGAAACUAUAUUACAUUGCAGGAUCGCAACGGGGUGCUGUUUUGUGUGGAUCGAGACGGGUUCCUAGUGGCCGAGGGGGUCACGGAGGAUGCAAACUGCCAGGAAUAUAUGUUUGUGUGAAAUUUCAUAAGCAGUCCAGUAUCUAACCCAAUAAAAUGAAGUUGUUUACUAACUUUGUGAAUUAAGUUAAGAAAAUCAUUUUGUGAAAAUUUGGCCACAAUAUAAGCUUAAGAGAGAACCAAUUGCAGGGUGGAAUUAAGAAUUUGAAUUCUCGCCAUUUUCCCCGUUUUUUCCUGUUUGUUCAACAUGAUUUUCCCGGAUUGAUAGA